ACCAUAAGAGAGGACGACUGAGUUCAUAUUCUGAAACAUCAAUCUGAUUAGGAGGAAGCCACAUUAAAAAUUUCAUGGAGGCACCAAAACUGGUAAACUUUGGUAGUUCUUUGUUUGUACCUAGCGUUCACGAAUUGGUGAAACAAUCGCCUGGGGAAGUCCCAGCACGAUACAUACGAGAUGAUCUGGAGCCGUUGACUGACCUCUCUGGUGUGUCUAUGCUUGAUCAAACCAUACCUGUCAUUGAUUUGAAGAAUUUACUUUCUCCAGAACCCAUCAUUGGGGACUCAGAAUUGGAAAAGCUUCACUCUGCUUGCAAAGAAUGGGGUUUCUUUCAGGUGGUAAACCAUGGAGUUGACUUUCUAUUGGUGGAGAAAGUGAAAUCGGAAAUUGAAGGUUUCUUCAACCUCCCUAUGGAUGAGAAAAAGAAAUUUUGGCAGGUAGAAGGAGAUUUGGAAGGAUUUGGGCAAGCUUUUGUUCAUUCAGAAGGCCAAAAGCUUGAUUGGGCAGAUAUGUUUUUCGUGUUCACUCUUCCCCAUUAUAUGAGGAAGCCUCGGCUAUUUCCUGAACUCCUCCUACCUCUCAGGGAGACAAUGGAGUCCUACUCAUUGGAGAUGAAUGAACUAGGCAAGGGCCUCGUUAAGUCGAUGGAGAAGGCUUUACAAAUGGAAACAAACAUCAUGGCUGAAUUGUUUGAAGGCGGGGGACAAGCAAUGAGGCUGACUUACUAUCCUCCUUGCUCUCAACCCGAGAACGUUAUUGGCUUAACACCACAUUCAGAUGCUGCUGGUUUGACGAUCCUCCUUCAACUCAACGAAGUGAACGGGUUACAGAUUAAAAAAGAAAAUUCAUGGGUUCCCAUUAAACCUCUACCCGAUGCCUUUGUAGUGAACAUUGGAGAUACUUUGGAGAUAAUGAGUAAUGGGAUUUACCGUAGUGUGGAACACCGAGCAACAAUAAACUUAACAAAGGAGAGGCUCUCUGUUGCAACAUUUCAGAGCCCUAAACUAGACGCGGAUAUAGGUCCCAUACUUAACAAGAUAACACCAGAGAAACCUGCCUUGUUCCGAACAAUUGGACAUCUGGAUUAUUUGAAGAAAUACGUUUCCGCUAAACUUGAGGGAAAAUCAUUACUCGAAUCCAUGAGGAUAGGAGAAUGUGAUAAAGACAAUAGGGAUACAUAAUUGCUGUCAUGCACAGAUGUAUAUUGAAUGAAAUAAGAUACUUGGCUGAAGUUAAAGGAUCGUAUCAAGCUUUCUAUACUAAGAAAAAAAUUUGAAAAUGAACAGGUGCCUUUCCUGCGUGUAUGAAAAUAACUUUUAUCUACAAAAAUUUGGUAUUUUAUUGAACA